UCGAAUGGCUCUAUUCUAUGUCAUGUCGUAAUAUAGGAUAUCCCCUCCAGAAGGUAGAGUCAAACUAUCGGUGUGCUUCUCUUUACCUGACCGCCAGUCACAAUUUCAAAUUAUCCAGGACGAGUUGUGAGCUUUUUUUCGUCGCGCGUUUCCACGACAGCGUGAUGCAUUUUCGCGCAUUUCUAUUUCUUUGUUUGUUUCUGAUGGUAAACCAUCAUUGUUGCGAGGAAAAUGUCACUAGUGUCACGGAAGAAAACGCGUUAGCGAAAUUAGUCAAAAUGUUUUCGAAACCCGGGGCAUUCAAACGAAUUAACGCAAUACUUGGUGAAAAUUCGAUCGAAGAAUCUUUUACGUCUUGUCCAAAAGGCGAAGAAGGCCUCGAAUGCAGAAGAGCUGAGGCCAGGCGAUCCGUCGAUUGUCCUCAAGGUGAUUGUUAUUGCUACAAUUGUGCUGCAGCUGGUCCUGAGUUAUGGGCAUCCUGUUGUCGUGAAAGCUUGCGAUGUUGUUCGCAUCUUGCAGCGGCAUGUCGUACCUGCGACCAUCCAACACUAUACCCGUUUUGCUCAAAACACUUUAAAAAAUGUCUUGUCGAAUUGAAAAAACAAAAUUAACAUCUGUUCUUUACGAUACGAUUAAUUUUCAUCACAAGGACAAAUAAUCGAAUGAAAUAUAAGAAAAUAGGACUAAUAGGUUAUAACAGUUUCUAAACAUUGAUUUUGAAAUAAGAGAAAGAAUUUCAACAAAAUGAAGAUACAUUUUAAAAACACGGUUAACAACUGUAACCAUGACCAAAUUUUAUAAUAUUUUUACAUAACUAUAAAUUAAAUCCGUACAAAAUGAUAACACGAAUGAAAUUCGCGUAGGUUAAGUUAAUCGACAAUCGUAUCUUGCAUAAGUUGAAAGUUUUACGCCGAGUUUCUAAAUAUAGCGCUUAUCUUUCGACCCGUUAAACUGGUCCCCGUUUCAAUUUUUUUUUGUGCUACGUUACAUUACGCACCAGAUAGGGUAACGCGAAACGUGAGAUGCCGUGAUAAAUCGUACCUGAACUCAUGUAAAACUCGUGUAUUCCUUUUUUUUUUCUUUCGCGAAAUAUCGAAGAGGAAGAGGAAACAACGAUGAAUUCAUCGAUAGAGAAGCAACAGAAGGGAAGACAUAUUCGAUAUGUCCGUAAUAACAGAUUAGACAAUAAGAUAACGUUUUUACUAUGUACAGAAAAAAAAAUCAAUAAAAAAGAAAAGAAUAAGAACAAAA